AUGGCCUCCGUGACUGCCCCCCAGAAGCCGGCCUUCCCGCGACUCUCUUCAAUCCCCUGUGGUGAUCACUUUCACUCACGCGACUCCUCCCCCUCUCCCUGCAGCACCCCCGACGGGUCCAGAUCGAGUAGUCAGCGUCGUCCAUCCUUCGGCUCCGUCAAAGAGGACACAGAAGACGGAAUUGCGCAAUCCUUCGUUGACACCCACGAAGCCCCAUCUCCGCCGCCUCAAGAAAAUCAAGAGCGCAAACUCGAGCGUCCUGGGAUGCAGGCCCCGGAUUUCUGCUGCCCGUGCGGUGGAUUUCUGGGCUGGAAGCAGAUUCGGCUGGGCGGCAAGAGCUUGAGCCGCAGCUACAGUGAUCUGCGUGGGCUAGGUGCGGCCCAGGCAAAGGGUUGGGCGUGGGAAUCCCACGAUGAGACCCCCAAGACUCUUCCAGUCCCUGAGCCUCCGGUAGAGGAGGUGAUGCAGACUCCUCCUGGCACUUCACCUUUGGAGAAGCUUCCCCCAGAGGUCCUCGACCAAAUCAUUUCUAACCUCGCGCUGGAUCUUCCACCUAAUGGCUACACGCCCCGAAACGUGGAUCUGGUCUCGUGCCUUUUGACCUCCCACACUUUGCACGCAGCGACCCUGGGCGUCUUGUACAGAAACAUGACCUUCCCCCACUCCAUCAUUUUCUCGAAGGCACUCAACCACAUGUCCCAGUAUCCCGCUCUCGGCACACUCGUUCGCCGCCUGGAUUUCUCGCACUUCACCUCUGUUGGUCUGGGUCGCACCAAGCAGAUGAACUCCGAAAUCCAGAACUUGACCUCCAAGACGCUCUUGCAAUGCCUGGAACUCCUCCCCAACCUGAAGGAAUGUCUGCUCCAGGAACAUCUGGAAGGUGACAUUAGCGCGGAAGUCAUUAGGAAGUUGUUUAUGGGACUGCCGAACCUGCGCGCGGUGGAUUUCUGCGGCUGCUCGACUCAGGCCUUCUCUGCAGUCUUCCAGGAAGCCCUGGUCGGUGGGCCCGUGUUGCCCAUGACCCUGCCCAGCCUGAAACGGCUUUCGCUUCACGAGUGCAGCACCAUCCCUGCCCCCAUGUUCGACUAUCUUCUCUCGCGACUUGUCAACUUGACCCACCUCGACCUCACUCACACUCAAGUGAACGACUCCGCUCUUGCCGCUAUCCCUGAGACUGCUCGCAUCUCCCACCUGAGCUUGUCCCGGUGCACCCGUCUUCGCCCCUGCGCGCUGGUUGAGUUCCUGACCAACCACCCCUCUGUCAACGAAUCCCUCGUCUACCUCAAUCUUAUGACUGACCCAACCCGAUUCCGUCUAUUGGAGGAGACUGAUGUGUCCGCCCUGCUCCCCAAGCUUCCCAGCACCCUGCGGUCCCUGAACCUUGGAGGAGCCAAGGUUACCUCUGACCACGUCCCAUUCUUGGUCCCCCUAACCAAGCAUCUGGAGGAACUUGGCCUCAGCUCCGCCGACCUGUCCGUGACGGACGUCAACUCGUUCUUCGCCAGCUACCGCAACCCCGCCACGGGAGAGGAGAUCAACACCCCUAGCACCCUCUGCUACCUCGACCUCGCCAAGGUCCCGCAGAUGACCAUUGGAGCCAUUUUCAAUACGAGCACUUGUCUUCUCCUCGCAAACCAGAGCUACCCGCUUCAGGUUGUCGAAUUCAGCGACAAGAUCAUCACCCCUCUGCGCGAGCGGGCGAAGACCCAGCGCGUUUCGGUCGGUUGGACCGUGCGUGACCUGGGCCGCCGCGGCUGGUACGUUCGCGACCCGGCUUCUAUGCCUAAUGAGCCGCUCGAUGAUGGCGCCCGCUACUGGAAGAUGGGCGCCCGCUGGUGGGGAUCGCGUAAGAUUCCCAUGGUGGUUGGCGAUGUCGGUGGCCUCUAUGGCCACUACAUGUUCAAAAAAUGA